CGUCAUUUACAACUUACCAAUCUUAGACAAUUUAGUAUUAUCUGUGCCUACAAAUGUUUUCCAAUUUUUAGAAAAUAAUUGGAAUAAUUUGUUGAAUCGAAAAGAAAUAUAACCGAAAUGGCUCAAACAGCGGGUGUGAAGCCUAUGACCAUUGCUGGCCGUGUGGCCAUUGAAAGAGAAAGAUGUUUGGGCAUGACUGAUGCAGAGAGAGCCUGGCGUAAACAGUGGCUAAAAGACCAAAUCUUAGCUCCUCAUGAACCCGUGCAUGUAGAAGAAUACUGGAGGGAACGCAUCAAUCCUAUCCGCCGUUUCUAUCGCAAGCCCCUGGAUACGCUCUUCAAUAUGCUUAUGCCAGCCCUGGGCCAGGAACGCGCUAUAAACUAUAGAUAUCUUACUGGGAAAUUUUGUAUGUUGGCUGUUGGAGUAUUUGCCACACAUUAUUAUUUCAAAUACAAUGGAAAUGACUGGACAAAACAAGGAGGUUGGAGAGUUAUGAAGACCAAACCGACAGUUCUUCCCGGACAGCCUGGAUUCCCAUUCAAAUCUGAGCGUAAGGAACAUGCAGACUAUGCUGACAGGGGUUUCAAGAAGUCAGCUCUAUAUUGUUAAUUUGGUUUAAAAAUAUCCAUUAUUUUCUUCUUGUUCAUGUAAACUGCUAUGAAUAGUUUACAAAUUGUAAAAUAUGUUAGUGAAAUUAAAUUAUGAUUGUACAAAGUUGUGUUGUUUUAAAAUUACCCUAUUUAGAAUUUGCUGAACAGCUGCUAGUUUGGAAUACCACCAGGAUUUUUCAUUAAUUUUAAUCCCCCCUCCUAUUUUUACAAUUUACAUUUAAUGAAAUUAUUAUUUAUUCUUGCAUUUUAUGGAAACAAAAAUAGGAUAUAGGAGUAUUGAAAUAAAAUACCUAAAAAAUUUUAUGCAAAAUGUAUUCCUUCUGCAUUGAAUGCAUGUAAUAAUUUCAUAAAAUCAUCUAUGUCCAUGGUCCUAGCUCUCAUUUGGUCAGCCUCUGCAUUUGUUAAUAUCUCUUGAACUUUUUGCUUUAUGUCAAAAUCACUAGGUAUAUCCUGAAAAAUAAAGUAAUGUAUUAAACACA